AACUCAAUCAGUUCUGUUACAGUUUUCAGCUGUAAAACAUAACUUGUUAGAAAAUUGAGAUUCACAACGUGUCCAAGCUUCCGCUCCAACUGAGAAAUUAUUCCAUAGAACACUAUUGUACAACAAUUGUAAACGGAAAUUUCGUGUGAUCGUUACUACUUAAAAGAUAAUUCAUGUUUGUUUAAUUGUCGGAAUUUGUUUGAAACAAAAGCGUUACAACAAUUGCAACGUACGCCAACAACAAUACUGUGCGAAAGUAAUCUGUAAUGUCAACUUUUUACUGUUUGAAGUCUAUCGAUCGUGUCGUAUAUCGUGUGACUAAGUGUCAAAAGCAACAAAAACCACAAAAGUAUCAACCGCUCUUGAAAAGGCUAUAAGAAUUGCAAAAAAACAUAAAGAGACUUAUUGAAAAGCAUUAAGAAAAAAUUGUAAAAUUGAAAAGCGAUACAACAACAAAAGAACUUUAAACAAAAAAAUCAACGUUAAUACCAACGAAUGUCAUAUAAAUUGCCAGCAUUGCAAUUGCAUAUCAGUGUCGAGAUAAUCACCAAGUAUCAGCUUAAAGCGCUACUCCAGUAAAGCACACAUACAAACCCCACCACAGAACGCGCUGUGCCGUCAAUUGAUUAUUUCGAAAUUUUGUGAAAAAGCGACAUAACGACGAGUCCCAACAGCGAGUCCACAGCGUGCAUAGGAACGGCAGCAAAAUCUCGUUAACAGUGCAAAGAAACUUUGCCAAAACGGAGUCCAUACGAGGACCUAUGUCAUCACAAAGCUAUCUCUUGUUAUUACUGAAAAUCAAUACAAAUCUACAAUCAAGGACUCAACAUAGUCUAGAGGUGUUAAAUUCAUUCAUAACAUAACACGAGCACAGUUGAUUUGCGAGUUUCACAAACAACCCAAAAGUGAAUAUACAAAUUAGCUGCUGCCCGCCUACCAAAAUACAAAGUACGAGUUAAAAAUAAUUAUACGAGUGAGAAAACUCAAUUUCGGUGCGUAUCCAAUUAGAAAGCAUAUCCUGUACGUGUAAUAACACGACGACGAAGAAGACGACGCUAACGAAAAGUUAAUCCUUGAAGUGAAACUUUUCUAUACCGCAAUCAUUCAUAACCGAAGGAAAAAGAAGAAAAUCAAUAAGAUGAAUAUAAACAUAUUAUUAAUAGCACAGCUUGUGCUUUUUGCUGCCUGCAUACAGAGCAGAGCUAUUGAGGAUGUCGACAAUUCGAUUGAGAAUGCCGGUGAAGGUGAUGGUGAAGGACAAACGCCGAAGCAGCGUUCACCCUUCGAGCAAGACUGGAUUAAAUUCGCUAAGAAACCACCAACUAAAUUGCUGCAGACGCUCGGUCAGCCCGUUGAGAUUGCAUGCGAAGUGAUGGGCUCGCAAGUGCCCACCAUACAAUGGGUUGUGGGACAUUUACCGUUGUCAGAGAUCGACAGUGUUGAAUCCAAUGUUAUAUCCGAAUCAUCAACGAGCGCCAUCGUGCGUGUACGCUCUGUACAUGUCAUCGAUCAUAUGCUGAGUGAGGCACGCACCUACACAUGUGUCGGUCGCACCGGUGGCAAGACCAUUUACAGCUCGACAAUUGUCUAUCCACAAGCGGACAUGAAGGAAUUGGUGCAAGUGCGCGACAAACCAUUCCCUGGCCCACAGAAACCACGCAUUGUCUACCACGAGAAACUCCAUUUGGAUCUGGUCGACUCGAAUAUCGUAUUGCCAUGCAAGGUGCAUGCUCGCCCACGUGCUGAGGUCUUCUGGAUGAACGGUGAAGGCAAAUUGAUCGAACCAAAUCAUCGUUUCAAAAUUUUGCCUUCCGGUGACUUGUUGCUCUCGAAUAUCAAGUGGGAAGAUAUGGGCGCCUACAGAUGUAUAGCACGCAAUGCUAUGGGCAAGGAUAGUGCGGAUACAUUUGUCUACCCAGUACUUAAAGAAGACAAAUAAACCAAUUGUGGAUAUGUAAAAAUGUCGUCUCCCCCCACCUAAAAUCAAAACACACACACAAACACACAUGUAAACACUAAACAAGGCAGUUGUACGUAUGUAAAUGAAUGCACACGAUCAUAAAAAACGGUUCCUAAAGUGAAAUAUGAUACCAUUGUAUUGUACGUUUUAUUAUAAAUAGUUAAAAUGCCUGCAAAGGUGCUACCCCAUAUUUGCGUAUGCUUAUUAAAAAAAAAAACUACAAAAUCAAAAAAAAUAUUAAAAUUAUAAAAAAUCAAAAAAAAAAAAUAUUAUAAAAACAUUUCCAAAAAAAAAACAAAAAAAAAAUAUAAUAUAUUAAAAGUUUCAAAAAAAAGCUAAAAAUAUUUUUUAAAACUCUUAAAAAAAAUAUAUAAGACACACAGAAAAAAAUGUACAAAAAAAAACAUACCAAAUAAUGAUAGGCUAUUUUAUUAAAUCAUAAUGUAAAGCAAGUAUACACAAACAAAAAACGCUAAUGAAAUGUAACCAGCUCAGUUUCUUUAAUACUACAUGUUUAACUGCACACACACACAUAUAUAUUUACAAGCACACGCAACAAGAUAGUAAAUAUAUAAAUAACAAGCACACGCACUAAAAAUACAAAUUAUAUCAUCGAUUUGUUGUACGAGUUUACACACAAGUCCACAAAAACACACUCACACCCAUACAUAUAUACCAACCUAUGCAGUUAAAACGUCUUUGUUUUUUUUAAUAUUAUAUAAUUAUGUAUUAACAGUUUUUUAAAAAAAUAUAUUAGCUCAAAAUUUCACAUUCGCAAAUUAUAAAUUUGUUUUUUUUUUUCUUAAACCUAAUUGUUAAUUUAUUAUUUUUUCGUAUUUUCCUGUCUCGAAUGCAAACAAACAACGAAUUACGCUCCACUUGCAUAACAAUUAAACUUCUGUCUUUGAAAUGUUUGUGUUUUAGCCCGUAGUUUUGUGUUAGUCAUUAGUUUGUUAGCGUUUUUUUUAACAACAAUACCAGUCACUUAUAUGUGUACAUAUAAUUUAGUUUUAGUUUAUUUAAAUUAAAUUUAAUUAUAGUUUAAAAAUUGGCCGUACUUAAUUUUCACUUAACUGAAAAGUAUUUUAAAUUUUGUUAAAACAUAUUAAGUUCUACAAAUUUUUUUUUGGAACUAAAACACACAAACACAAUGUAUUUACACACACACACACAAACACAAAAUAUUUAUAAUUAAAUCUUAUAAAAAUCUCAACUUAGCAACGCCAACACAUAAGCAUACAUACAAACAAACAAACAAACAAGAAUCCAUUCAUAUCACUAAGCAUUAAUUUAUUUAUUUUACCAAAUAUCUCAUUACAAUAGUAAUUUAGCCGAAUAAAAUGAAAUAAAUACCCAAAUCAGUAACAAUAACGACAAACACAUAUGCUCUCUAAUUUAUAUUAAUUUAACAUUGUAAUUCCACACAAUUACUUAUAUAAGUUGUUUUUAGUUAUGCCCCAUAAUUAACUUAUUAAUUUAAUAUUAUAUGAUGCCUAAUUAAGUUAAUUACAUUUAUAUUUAAUAUAUAGUUUUAUACCGAACUGAUGUUUAGAAAAGACACACAAUUUAAAUCGCUGAAAUAGUAAUAGAACAUGUAUAAUUUAUGUGUUGAGAUUGUGUAAAGAGUAUAUACAAUGAAAACGAUGAAAAAAAUUCAAUAAAAUUCAAAAAAUAAUAAUUUUACAUGCAUUUUAUUACAUUGGGUUUGUCAUGGUAAUUACAAUUUUAUAUAUUUAUUCACGAGCGCCAAACAAUAAUAUACAUAUCAUAACCUCAAACUUGCCGGAAGUAUACCUUCUUUAUCUGGUCACGCUAGAAAAAUAUAAACGGAGAAAUCACAAUAAAAUGAAUGAAUAACCCCAAACAGCUCGAAAGUGUGCCUCUUUAUCUGGUCGCCCUGGAAAAAUAUUUUAGCGUUCGUGACUGGCCACUCGAUUUUCUGUUCCCCCGAUACGUUGUUCAUCAAUAUCCAUCACUUCGACAAAUUGCUGAACGUCGUCAGGUCUUAAUUUUUAAAAGAAGCACGUCUACUACUAAAGAGAUGGCCGAUCAAUUGUAUAUAAUCGUUCCCCUUAUUAAAUAGAGAGAAAGAGAGAUCGAUCCCUAAGGAGUUGCAUUUGACGAUUGUCUUAUGCUGUCGUUUUAUUUUUUAUAUUUUUUAGAUAUCAUGUAAGAAAACUUCAAGUUUUAAUAGGUGCACAGAAAUAAACAGCAACACAUUAAUAUCGAAUAACAGUGAGAGUCUUCGCAUAUUCGAAAGCUAGCGAAGAGCUUUGUUUAACCAAUCAGCUUCGAGUAGAUAAAUGCACAACUGUGUUGGUAUUCACUUUUAAGUGCAGCGGACACGUACUGCAUUUGCUGCUUACCUGGUAUUUCAGCGUGGGUUUCUUCUUUUUUCUCUUUUCGAUGGGUGGAUCAAAUAUAAUCAAUCUAAGUUGUCCGCUGACAACUCUGGUUUCGUUGCCAAGAAUCUCUAUUACCACUAGUUAUCUAGGUAUUAUUGGUGCUUAGCAGACGGCGACAUGCUUUAGCUGAAACUUAAUAGAAAUCUUCUCUCUUGCAUCGACCUCAGUGCCAUCACAUCAUAAAUGGCUCCUUGAAAACUCCAAAAGCUGCCUAAAAUAUUUUAAAAUAUUUUCAAUGUUCCCGUUGCAGAAUUUCAAAUGCGAACACGAUCAAAUACAAUAAAAAAGUGAAUUCUUGACCAAAAACAAUAAUGUAGCGAUGACCUCCAUAUUCGUCAGACAUGACUCCGUGAUUUUUCGAACUUUUCCCAAAGUUUCCAAAAAUAAAGAGAUCUUUAAAGAAUCGUCUUUUUACAAGAAUACAAGAAUUCGCUGAAAGAGUCAAAGGCUAUCCCAAAAAUCGGGUUUGAGAAGUGUUUCGAAGAUUCUAAGAAGCACUUGUAUAAUACCGAAUGGGGACUAUUUUGAAGGAGACAACAUUAAUGUAGACCAAAGAUUAAAUAAUUUUUUCAAAAAUCGAUUUCUUUUAAUAGCCCUCGUAGUAUAACCUUCUGAAGUACCCACCCAAUCUGCUAACGAAAAAAGAGAGCCAAUUCAAUUGAUUCAUACAUAAUUUUAUAAAUUUAUUUAAUAUUUCUCAGCUGUUGCAGUUCUACAUAUAAAUUAUUCAUUCGAUAUACAUACGUAAUCAUAAUGCAAUACAAUACAAUUACAAUACAAUACAGUUAAAAUUCCAUACAUUUCAAUUAUUUGACACUUUCGUACAAUUUCUCUUAGCAAUGCAUCUUAAGAAACCUAAUAUGGUACGUCGAACACACUGGACAGUGCUUUUUCGCUAAGUUCUAUGUGCUAUAUUUUCUUUAUAUUUUAUUUUAAAUGUACUUAUGUAUGAGUUUCAACAAUUACUAUAACCAAUUAUAAGUAUGUAUGUAUAUGUAGGCAUACAAGCCUUUGUAAAAUGACAGAAGAACAAACGUAACUUUUCAUAUGUCUUCGUAAUAAUGCCUAUGCCUCUGUCGAACUUGUAUGCAUUUAGAAUUUCUUUCAACGAUUACACUACAUUACAUUGGAUUACAAUUAACAUAAUGUAAUUAUCGCUCAAUUUUGUUUGCAGCAAAUCUGUGAAUACCAUUA